AUGACCGAAAAGAAGCAGAAGAGACCCUCCAAGGGAAGGGUGUUCCAGUGCACGGGGUUCCCAAACUGCAACAAGUCUUUUACCCGCCUGGAGCACUUGGCCCGCCACCGCCGUAAACACACGGGCGAAAGACCCUUUACGUGCCCCCACUGCCACAAGAACUUCUCUCGCUUGGACAACCUCAGACAGCACAAGCAGACGGUCCAUGCUCUCGAGAACUACGUCAAGAAGCGCGACAAAGAACCGCUGCCCCCCUACGUCAAUGCCGACUUUCGGCACGACACUCCUCAGGGCCAGAUCCAGAGCCAGCAGCCCCAACACCCCCAGUCAAGCCAUCAUCAACAACCUUCAAGUGUCCUCCCUCUUCCCCAGACACUCACUCCUCACGGCAACAGGCCCAUGGUGUCGCCGCCGUCCUCAGGCCUGCCCAACUACGGCACGACAUCUGCCUACUACCCUCUGCCCUACGUGGGUAAUGGGGCUCCCUCGAGCAGUGGGCCGGGAGCUCCAGGACCCUUGAGGGCAGCGUCGACGCUUCUUCGUGACCCUCCCAAAUUCAACCCGAAAACGCGACCAAAGCCCUUGGCCCUUGUCCACUCCUUCACCGACGACACCUACCUCCAUCCCUCGAGGCGCACCGAUAUCCCGGGCACCUUCACCCAGGCGGGCUCCUUAGAUCCACCGCUUCGCACCGCUCCUCCCGCAGCCACUUUUGCCGCGCUGGGGUUUCUAGCUCCCGCCGGAGCCUCUUGGAGCUUAGGGUCAGGGUCAGGGCCAGGGUCAGGCUCCGGCUUGGGCCCCAGCUCGUUUCAGAUGUCCGCAGGCUCGGCAAGCAUCACCUCUGCCACCCUUCCUGCGCCGUCCACCAGCCGCUUCGCCUACCUCACGCCCAUGAUGGUGAGCCCGCUUUCGCCAUUGUUCCACCAGUCGUUCAAUCAGGUGUUGAAGGGCGUGAGUGGCAGCAACGCUUCCAACGGUAGUGUGAGCGCCAGCACCAACGCCAAUGCCAAUUCCAAUGCCAAUGGCGCCAACGAUGCCAGCGCCAAAAGUCCCAACGGUAACAGUAACGGCAGCGCCAAAACGGGCCCUGCUGUCAACGGUGUGGGUGGCCUGGCCCCUGACAACGCUGCUGCUGCUGCCGCCUCCGUGGGCGUGCUCCCGCCAGUGCGCCUUCCUGCAAUCGAUGCUGGACGAGAAAAGGCAUGGCUUCGCGACAUGUUGAACGACGAAAAGCUGGAGAAGCCAUCGAGAGUGGCGAUCAACAGCUUGAUCGAAAAGAAUUAG